AUGCAAAUUUCAACCGAUGAUCUUAAUAAGCAUCUAUGGUUAACACCAUUUCCACUAGAUGAUUUGUUAAAUUUUUAUUUUCACGAUAAACAAAAAUAUCUUCUAGAUGAUGAAAACAAGAUUAUUUGUCUAUUCAAUCUUAUUUCAAAAUAUUGGAUUCGAAUUCAAACAUCGACCAAAGAUCAAAUGAAAGGAAUCCUAUCAAAACUUUCAUGUAUGAUAACUCAACAAGGAAUGAAAUUACCUAGAGAGUCAUUUAUUCGUUCACCAAUGUUACUACCUGAUUUGCCUAUAAUUACAAUGAAUGUUGUACAGGAAAUCAAUGAAAAUAAAAUACAACUUGGUGAUAAACAAAAGCCAAAAUCAAACGAUCAAUCAGACGAUCGCAUUUUAGAUAAAUUUCUUCGAUUCCUUGGAUGUCGAACGAUUCAUGUACCUUCAUUCAUCGCCUAUCAAAAGUCUCAGUCACAUGUAUCACGUUCCAUCAAAGAACACUUUCUAACAUUUGUUGCAUUAUCUAAUCGAUGUACAAAAACAUAUGAGUGA